CGAUGCGAGAAGAAGAUCAGGGCGGCGAAGCGCGCGACGCGCUCCGAGCUCUCCGUCAGCGGCGGCGAGUGGCAGAAGCACGGCUACGCGUACGACCCGAAGGUGCUGUCCGCCGAUGGCUUGGGCGACGAUAUCGAGCGCAUCUCCGCCAAGGACGUGAGCGUCGAGGAGUUCAUCGAGCGCUUCGAGCGGCCGUGUCGUCCCUGCGUCAUCACCGACGCCAUGGACGGCUGGGCGGCCAACACCGAGUGGACCUACGACAAGCUUCGCGCCAAGUUUGGCAGGCACAAGUUCAAGGUUGGCAGCGACGACGACGGGUACGCGGUGCGGCUCAAGUUCAACCACAUCCACCACUACGUCAACGACCCGGCGCACAUGCGCGACGACUCUCCGCUCUACAUCUUCGACGGAUCCUUCGGGGACAAGGAAGGAUCGCAACCCUUGCUCAAAGAUUACGACGUGCCAAAGUACUUCAAGGAGGAUCUCUUCAGGCACGUGGGCGAGAAGCGCCGUCCGCCGUACAGGUGGGUGGUCAUCGGCCCACCGCGAAGCGGCAGCAGCGUGCACGUCGACCCGUUGGCCACCAGCGCCUGGAACGCGCUCGUCUCCGGUCACAAGCGGUGGGCGCUGUACCCGCCAAGCGCGGGGCUGACCAAACCAGACUUGAAGCCGAAGGGCAUCGGCCUGGACGGCGAGUCGGUGACUUGGUUCCAACGGAUGUACCCGAAGACCCGCGGCAAGGAGUGGACCGAGGUGCGAGGUUUCCCAAAGCCGAUGGACUGCGUGCAGAUGCCCGGGGAGAUCAUGUACGUCCCCGAUGGGUGGUGGCACGCGGUGUUGAAUUUAGACCACACGGUGGCUGUGACUCAAAACGUGGUGACCACAGCGCGCUUCCCCAAGGCUUGGAGGAUGACGAAGCGCGGGCGGCCGAAGAUGAGCGCGCAGUGGCUCAAGAAGCUGCGAACGGCGCGCCCGGAUCUCGCGGCGGUGGCUGACGCUCAACCACGGCGCGCGGAGGAGAGCGCCGGGGAGAAGACGAGUUCGUCGUCGAGCUCGAGCUCGAGCGAGGAGAGCUCGGACACGGAGCCGGACACGGACCCGGC